UGUGUUGCAGUCACUGUUGAGCGAUACGCGCGUGUGAACAAGCGGUGGGAUCAUGCCAGAGAUUCCGUCCGGAGCUCCGGACGUGUCCCGGAAAAGAGUCGCUGAGCCCGGACCGCCACAAGAACGAGGGCCGGAGAGGAAGAAGGCCUGCUGGGGCAUUCUGACCAGCCAAGGGUCCUGGGCAGAUCGCUCCCCCCUCCAUGAAGCAGCUUCUCAGGGUCGACUGUUGGCACUGCGCACUCUGCUGGCCCAGGGAUAUCACGCCAACAUCGUCACCAUCGAUCAUGUGACCCCUCUCCAUGAAGCCUGCCUGUCAGGACAUGUGGCCUGUGUCAGAGCAUUAAUAAAUGCUGGAGCUAAUGUGAAUGCAGCCACCAUCGAUGGCAUCACUCCUCUGUUCAACUGUUGUGCGUCUGGGAGUGUCGGUUGUAUGGAACUACUGCUGCAGAAUGGAGCACACACACACACGCCCCACACACACUUCCCCUCAGCCCUGCACGAAGCCUGCAAGAGGGGCAGCAGCCAGUGUGUAGAGUCCCUGCUGUCUCAUGGAGCAGAUCCAGACUAUGAAGUGUCCCACUUGGGCUCUCCUCUCUACAUGAGCUGUCUACACCGACACACCGCCUGCUCAAAGAUUCUGCUGCACAGAGGAGCCAGUGUCAAUGUAGGCAGAGGAGGUGACAGUCCUCUGCAUGCAGCUGUCAGACAGGACAGUGCUGAUCAGGUGUCAGUGUUAUUAGACUAUGGAGCUGAUGUCAACCUCAGAGACAGUAACAAUAAGCGACCUGUUGAGCUGGCACCCCCUGGUGGAAAAACACAGCAGCUGCUACUGGCAUUUGAAGUUUCUCCAAGGAGUCUCUGCCAGUUGUGUCGUCUCCAGAUCAGGAAUCUGAUUGGUCGAUCCAGACUGAAGCAGCUCCCCCACCUUCCUCUACCUUCCCUGCUCACUCACUAUCUGGAGCACACAUAGAGGCCACACAUGCAGCGUGACAGAGAAAAGCAACUACAACUCAGCUGCCAUAUCUUUAACAUUUUUAAUUUCAAUGUGCCAAACCCCAACUUAAACACAUUUCAUGUUAACAUAUCAUCACCAUGGUAUAUACUGUAUGACUGAACUUAGCUCCUAUAAAAUCAUUUUAUCUCUAUGCAGUGAAGAGUUACUCUGCAGUACAUUGUACUCUGGUAUAUCACACACUGCCUUUUUGUUGCCAUAAUUAGCACAGUCUCUGUAUUUUCAAUGUUGAUUCAGUAGGACUUAAUAUUUUUCCCUGUCAGAUGACUGUCUGGCUGAUAGUGACAGCUGAUUCACACUUUGACUUUACAUGCUGGUUAAUCACAACAUGUCAUUUCAUGAAUACUGGAAUUUAUUUUCCUCUGGAAAGUACUGGCCUUCAAGUACCUGUAUGUAUAUGUAAAUACCAAUAAAAGAUCCAGGACAUGA